ACUAUACAUUUGUCUGUGGUUCCUACACGUCACUGUCAAAAAUUGGAAAAUGGCCGCGAAACAAAAUACAAUGGCCCAAGAAGGACAAUCCACUUCGGAUGAUAUUCCUCUCCCAUCCUUGGAAGAAAGUCUUCUCAGCCUCGAGAAAUUAGAUCGCACUUCCCCGGAACUCUGGCCUGAACAAAAGGAAGCGUCACGUGUGUCUCCCGAUUCGUUCGCAGUUCCCGGCGUGUCAGAGUUCGCACCCGCGCAGCCCCCGCAGGACGCGCCCUGGGACAAGGCGCUCACCACCGAAGACAUCAGCUUCAUGCAACAAUUGGGCUCCCUGACUACAAGUGGUCUCAUCAUGGAAGUGAAGAAGCUACACGACCUUGCCUAUCAGCUAGGACUCGAAGAAGCCAAAGAAAUGACCAGGGGAAAGUAUCUCAAUAUAUUCUCAAGACGUCAGCGGUAAUGUUUAACUGUAAAGUUUGUUUAAUCUUACCAUAUUUUAUUAGUUUUAGUGAAUAUUAUAUUUAAAUUUAGGGAUGUGUAAAGAAAUCUAAGAUAGAUUAUAGUAUCAAUUUAGAUUAAUUUUAGAUAAAUGAAGGAUAAUAGAGAAUUUUCAAACUGAAUACUAAAUAUGUAUGUAUUUUAUUAACAAUAAUACAUAAGACUUUGUCUGAGAGUAUAGCUUGGCCUAUUUUAUAGAUUUCCUGUUUAAA